UUCAUGUCAGAUUUCACGUGACAUUUUUUUUUUUUUUUUGAUAAACUGUUGUUUGUUUUGUAUCAUUCACCAUUGACCUAGUUUUCGUUUUAAAGUCUAUAAAUACCCUUCAUUUGAUUUAAAAGUCUCUCAUUAAGUAGAUUUGGGAUACAAAUUAAAAUGGCUUUUACAAAUAGAGGACGAGGCGGUGGUAAUCGCGGUGGUCGUCCGUUUAGUAGAGGCGGUAGAGGCGGUGGACGCGGUGGUGGUGCAAAUUUUGGUACUCGCGGUGGAAGUGUUCAAAAACGCGGUUUCCGUGGCGGUGGCCGUGGCGGCGGCGGCGGUGGUGGUGGUGGUGGUGGAGGAGGAGGAGGAAGAGGUCGUGGUGGAAAAGGUGGUAGGGGAGGAUCUAGAGGAGGAUCAAGAGUUAUAAUCGAACCACACAGACAUAAAGGUAUUUUCGUUGCUCGUGGUAAAGAAGAUCUUCUUGUCACAAAAAAUCUUGUAAGUGGGGAAUCUGUUUAUGGAGAAAAAAGAAUUUCAGUAGAAGGACCAGAUGGUGUCAAAAUCGAAUAUCGAGUUUGGAAUCCAUUCAGAUCAAAGUUAGCUGCCGGUAUUCUUGGUGGUGUUGAAGAUAUUUUUAUUGCUCCUGAUAAAAAAGUUUUGUACCUUGGUGCAGCUUCAGGGACUACGGUAUCUCAUGUAGCUGAUAUUGUUGGUCCAGAAGGUAUAGUAUAUGCUGUUGAGUUUUCUCAUCGAUCAGGACGUGAUCUUAUUAAUGUGGCAAAGAAACGUACAAAUGUUAUACCCAUUAUUGAAGAUGCUCGACAUCCACACAAAUACAGAAUGUUAGUUGGUAUGGUAGAUGUUAUCUUUGCUGAUGUUGCACAACCUGAUCAAGCACGUAUUAUAACAUUGAAUGCACAUCAUUAUUUAAAGAAUAAUGGAUAUAUUGUCAUAUCUAUCAAAGCAAAUUGCAUUGAUUCUACAGCAAAAGCUGAAUCAGUAUUUGCAAGUGAAGUAUCGAAAUUAAAAUUACAGCGUAUAAAACCUAUAGAGCAAAUUACUCUUGAACCGUAUGAGCGUGAUCAUGCUCUUGUUAUUGGAAAAUAUAUACGUUCAAAAUAGAGAGAUAGUCUUGUGGAGGUUAAGUUAUUUGAAUAACUUUCUUAAAUUUAGUAAUUUUUUUUCGUUUAUUGUUAAAAUUACAAUUUAGCAUUAUAUGAAUAAAGUAAAAUUAAUAAGUGAAUCACAUUUUUGAGGUUUUUGAUAUUUACAAAUUGUUUGGUUUUCUUUACCAAAUUUCUAAUUAUUUACAAAUUAAUGCAGAUGAAAUAUAUCACCUAAAAUAUUAUUUCAAUAAAAUUAAUAUAUAUAUAUAUAUAUUACUUUUUCUAUAAAUUUACGUUAUAUUUGAUAUUGUUAUCAACUACAUAAUUGCCCAAAAUAAC